ACCAACAGUGUGUGGUCUCGGAAUAAAAAGAGUGAAUUCAGUUUGGAAUAUAAACGUGUUUUUUUGCUAAGAGAUAUCCAUUUUGCAUUGGCUACUAAAAUAGAAUCGAAUCGAGUCCCGUUGGGAAUACUUAUUUCUGCACUGGUCACUCUUAUUCCUGAGGAUUCUUGUGCUUCGCACAUGCCACUGGCAGCACUCACGCAUUCGAUUCUGUCGUGUUAAUAAUGUAUUGUUUCGGAUUUUGUAUCUUCUACGCCAUUGUAGGCUGCAAUCUGUAUGGAAAUGUGUAUUCCGAAAAGACAGGUUAUGCAUAUCCCAUUGCCAAUAAACCCCAGCAGACACAAAUUCCACAAUCCAAUCUUAAUGCAAAACUAGCCCAUAUAAGCGCUGUUCAAAUGAAAACCCUGAAGAAGCUGGAACAAAUUAAAAAAACAAAUCUAUUGAAUAUGGAAAGAAUUCAUAAAGAAACACUAGCAAAAAUGAACGGAAUGCAAAAAGACGAACGAUGUGUUGUGACGGAUGCCACAAUUCAAUGUGGGGGGUUCUGUCUUUCAGCACUUCAUCCUUUAGUUGAUGAUAUUAGUUACAUUCAGAAAGAAAUUGACAGUCAAAAAGAAAGCCAGGCCAAUAUCAAAAUAAUUCAGAAGGAAACACUGGAGAUACUACAAGAAAUCCUGCUGAAAUUAACCGCAAUUCAAAAAGUAAAUGAAGCGAAUACACCUAAGAGACAGCAAAUUGAAAGUCGACUCAUUCCGCCAGGAUUUGAACUAAUUGGCUCAAGAUAUUUUAAUAUUGUAACAGAUACUAAAAAUUGGGCUGAUGCUGAAGUAACCUGUCGUCAAAGGGGAGGUUAUUUGGCAACCAUCCAAAAUCAAGAGGAGUAUGACGCCAUAAAACCGAAACUUAUGAAAAAUUCUUGGUACUGGCUGGGUGUUAACGAUAUCAAAGAAGGGGGCCAGUAUGUAUCUGUGGCUUCUGGACACCUUGCCCAAUUUUUUAUGUGGAAUGACCUCCACUACGAACCCAAUUCCUUCGAAGGCGAGGGGGACUGCGUUUCAAUGAUAAAUGAUGAAAUGUAUGAUGCAGCAUGCGAAGAUCUAAAGUAUUUCAUUUGCCAAUUAGACAAUUUAGUCUAGUAAAAAAUUAAUAAAUUAUUUUAAAACGAUUUCUGCAAACACACGAACAAAAAUAAAAAAAAAGUCCAAAAGGCAGCACCAUGACAGCAGCAGCAGCCGCAUGGAAAACUCUCAAACUCAUCGCAAUCGGAUCAAAAAGAAUAAAAGAGAAAUCUCUUUUUUCUUGAAAGAAGUCGUAUAAACAAAAUCAUAUAUUUUUUUCGAGC